UUCACCUCUCCGGAGCGUCCGGCAGCAGCUGCGCACUCGGAGCCAGAGCGCCGGGGGCAGCGCCAGUCUCCGCGGUGGCCCGCGGGGUGGACGUCCGCUACUGCGCAGGCGUCCCAGGAAGCGCUCCGCGGAGCCCUCCUCCGCCCGCGUCCGCCGAACCCGCAAGUACCCCGGAGUGUGCGGUUCCGCUAGCGCCGAGUUCCGCGCGCCGGACCGAAGUGGCGGUGGAGGCGGGGGCCCUAGCUGCUGUGUCCAACGUGAUCAAUAUGAAGUUAUUAGUAGCUCUUUUGUUUUGGAGACUUGUCACUGGCUAUAAUUCUUCCCAUAGCUCAGCACCUCAGUUACUUCUGGUAUCCUUUGACGGCUUUAGAGCCGACUACCUGAAGAACUAUGACCUUCCUCACCUCCAGAACUUUAUCAAAGAAGGUGUCUUGGUGGAACAUGUUAAAAAUGUUUUUAUCACAAAAACAUUUCCAAACCACUACAGCAUUGUGACGGGCUUAUAUGAGGAAAGCCAUGGCAUUGUGGCCAACUCCAUGUAUGAUGACGUCACGAAGAAACAUUUUUCUGAAUCCAAUGAUAAGGAUCCAUUUUGGUGGAAUGGAGCAGAGCCUAUUUGGGUGACCAAUCAGCUUCAGGAAAACAGAUCAAGUGCUGCCGCUAUGUGGCCUGGCACUGAUGUGCCCAUUCACAAUAUCACGCCUUCCUAUUUUAUGAAUUACAGCAGCUCAGUGCCCUUUAAGGAAAGACUAAGUAACGUUACCACGUGGCUCAGCAGUUCCAUCCCACCAGUCACCUUUGCAACGCUCUAUUGGGAAGAACCAGAUGUAAGCGGCCACAAAUAUGGGCCCGAAGAUACAGAAAACAUGCGUCGGGUAUUGAAAGAAGUAGAUGACCUUAUUGGUGAUAUUGUCCUAAAGCUCAAGGUGUUAGGACUAUGGGAAAGCCUUAAUGUGAUCAUUACAAGCGAUCAUGGGAUGGCUCAGUGUUCUGAGAACAGACUGAUAUAUUUAGAUUCCUGCAUCGACCAUUCAAACUAUAGUGUCAUAGACUUCACCCCUGUGGCUGCGAUUCUUCCCAAAAUAAAUGUAACAGAGGCUUAUGACAAACUGAAACACUGUAACCCUCACAUGAAUGUUUAUCUCAAAGAAGCUAUUCCUAACAGAUUUUACUACCAACACAGCAACCGGAUUCAGCCCAUUCUCUUGGUUGCUGAGGAAGGCUGGACAAUUGCAUUCAGCAAGUCGUCAUUCAAAUUAGGUGACCAUGGCUACGAUAAUGCCCUGCCUAGUAUGCAUCCAUUUCUUGCUGCCCAUGGACCUGCCUUUAGAAAAGGGUACAGGCAGAGUACCAUCAACAUUGUGGAUAUUUAUCCAAUGAUGUGCCACAUCCUGGGACUAAAACCGCAGCCCAAUAAUGGAACCUUCAGUCAUGCCAAGUGCUUGUUAGCAGACCAGUGGUGCAUUAAUCUCCCAGAAGCCAUUGGAAUUGUUGUUAGUGCACUGUUGGUAUUAACCAUGCUAACAGGCCUCAUAAUAUUCAUGCAGAACAGAGCGUCUGCAUCCCGUCCUUUCUCCCGCCUUCAGCUGCAGGAGGAUGAUGAUGAUCCUUUAAUUGACUAAAUCACUGUGUCUUACUAAUUUCAAAACUAAGGAUCCAUGCGAGGAGUGGUGUUACAAACACAAAAAGGUAUAUUCCAAAAGACAAGACACACGUGGCAAAAUUACUCUGUGGUGUGGGUGUGGGUGUGGUGUUGUGUGUUGUUUUGGUGUGUUGCCUGCUGCAAAUAACCCUGAUGGUAUUAGAGUGGCUGGUUAAUCAGUUCAAACCACCUAUUUCCCUAGCAAGACUAGCGUUUGAGGAAAAACUCUGGUCCCCCCUCCUUCUUUUCUCCUUUCCUUCUUUCUUUCCUUCCUUCCUUCCUUCCUUCCUUCUUUCCUUCCUUUCUUUCUUUUUUUUCCUUUCAGUGAAAUAUUACUUUAAGUGAAAAUAUACCAGAAUUUAAUAGGCGUGCUUUUUUAACAAGUUUAUAUAUUUGUAAAUGACACAAAACUGUUUAUGUAAUUCUUGCAUUUUAUGUAUCCUGGAGGAAAAGUUGCAUAUAUUUUUAUAUUUGUCUUUAGUUAGUAUGUGUUCCAAGAAAACCCUUGAAGUAGGAAAUUCUGUGAUAGUUAAUAAAAUGAUUAGCCACAUAGCAUACUGUAGCAUACAAAGAAAUUGUUUUAGAUAAAGCUGCUAAAAACAAACAAAACCCAAGGAAGACUAUCUAAUACAAAGUCUGAGCUUGGUAAAACCUGUAAGCCGAUGACACCUCGGAAGUUGAGUCUGGGGCUGGGCAUGGUGGUGCACACCGGUAGGAAGGAUGAGGCAGAGGGCCUUGACCUGGAAUCCAUCCUGGGUUACAUAGCAGCACCUUGUGGUUUUGUUUGUUCAUUUGUUUGUUUUAGUUACAUUUUUGGAUACUAUUGUUUAUAAGGAGUUUCAAAGAAAAUAGAGAAAAAUUGUUCUCUAUUUGUGUUUAACGUCUCUGGGUAAGUUGUGUGUGCCAGUGUGUUUGUAUGAGUGAAUGUGCAGAUGUCAUAUGACAUAGAAAGGGGACUGGACCCUGUGCCAGAACACAGCUGUCACGGAAGGUUCAGCUCAAGGAAAGGCUACUUCUUGCAGCCCUUACAUGUAUAUUUUCACCAACUCACAACUUAAUAUCACAAUUAAAAUAUCGUAUUUUUGUUAGAACUUUCAAUUCUCAUGUUUAUUGGAAGUGUUCAAACGCUGUAGGAAAAGAUAUGACGUGAGUGCAAAGCUGCAAGGUCAGGACUUUUGUAUUGACCUUUGUGAGUCUCGAUGUGCCUCCUAUGCAGUCGAGUGGUAAGCCAUAUAAAAUGGAGUUCAGUGUCUUCUGCCCUGACAGCAGCUGCGUACUAAGGGCAGAGCAGCUCCAGCCCUGCACUGCUGCUCCCUCGCCUGACUCAUCGUAACCCCGAGAACCAAAGAGUUGUUGUGAAGCACUGUCAUCAUUCAUUCCCUCCAUAGCUGGGGCCUCAGAACCAGAGCCAUUAGAACAGCCAGUAGACAACAGACCACUGCUUCGUGUUACUGGAGUGAUCGUCAGCAUUUUGACAAUGUAAAGCCAACUUGAUUAUUGCUCUUCGGAUGCUGUUCAGACGGACCUACAGUAAGUAUGCAGUCCACUUAGACACAGAUGAUCCGUGAUGACCGACGACACUUGUCAGUCAUCUUAGAUUGAUUGCACUGUACUGGCUCACUGUGAAUUUCCUUCAUUUUGAUGUCUGGUGCCUCAUUGUAUUGGGGUUUUGAGAGGAAUUUCUGUACUGCAUACAUAAUCUAUGUUCUUGGUCAUAGAAUGGCUGUUUUAAGAACAGGAUAGGAUUGAUUUUGUUCAUAAAUGCUCUGAAUUAUUUUGUUACAUAGAGAUACUAAGGGGUGAAGAGUUGAUCGAGUGAAACAAUAGAGAAAGCCCUGCUUAUUUCAAUUUCCAUGUAAGAAAAUAACAAAUAAAUUGCCACAUUCACUUUGAAAAGAAAAAUGAGUGGGCAUUUUUGAACUGUAUCCCAGCAGAGUUGAAGACACAUUAGUUCCUAUAGUGGUGUGGAUCCCAGUGAUCCCUUUACCUCGACUGCACCUUCCACUUGUCCAACUGUAGAGCAGAGUUUUAAAAGGGAUAGGAUAGGAAGGGAUGUCAGUGUCUUGGCCCUUGCAGUACAUGGAUUUAUUUUGUAUUUUAUUCUGUUCUCAGACUACUAAAACUAGGUAAAAUUUUAUAAAGUGCUUAUUCAGAAGAAUUUGUGUAAUCAAGUAGAUUAUUAUAUUGAACUUUCUGCUAAUUCAUUUUUAUCUUUGAAAAAAAAAUUAUCACUGUUAAGGCCCAUGGCUGCAGUUUUGCUCUGAGAAAACCUUUUUACUAAAGGUGGCCUUUGACAUGAAGGUUUGGUGUGUAUGUUGUAAAGCAUUAGCUAAACCUGCUCUGCUUUCUGUUCAGGGGAAAAUAUUUGACUUCAGGAAACUUUUAGCUCUUCUUGGUAAUAGGACUCAAAGAUAAUAGGAAAGUGUUUGCGUAUUUUUGGGUAAUUGCCCUAGUCAGCUCAGAACUGAGUACCUUGACUCUCUAGUAGAGGGCCAGCUGUGUUCCUCUUAGCCACCUAUCAUGCAUGCUCUUCUGUAAAAGCAAUGGGGUAUGGCAGAGGCACACUGACAGGGCUUCCCAGAAGGCUUCCUUUAAGAACCCACAGGUGAGCCUCGGCAUGCUAAAGGAUCCGCCUUUGCAUUGAUGUUGGAUGUAUCCCUCUUUGCCCACGUGGUAAGCUUUAAGGAUUGUUGGCUUUAAUUCCUUUUAUGAAGAGUGGUUCAUUUCAUCUUUAAUUUAUAACUUUACAAACGAAGGACAAAGAUUAGGUAUAAAGUAUAUAUGUAUUGUCAGUUCUCAAACAGCAUGUAAAUACAGAGAAUGUGCUGUAAGGAGGUCUGCCAGUGCCUUAACUUAAAGGGAAGACAUGGCUUCAACUUGUAGCUAAUGACUUUGCUUAUGAUUAAAAUGUAUGUAAAUAAAGUCUACCCAAACGAA